AUGACAUCCCUAACCCCCAGACCUCCCUACACAGAAGAUGAACUCAAGACGCUAUACCCAGAGAAUCUACAACUGCAGCUAGUCCAGAUCCUCCUCCGUCAUGGAGAGCGUUCUCCCGUAUCCGUCCGUUUUCAGAAUACCGGACUACCCGCUUUCUGGCCCUACUGCAGCGCCGUCCGCCAGCUCAAGUCCGCCGUGCUAGACCGUCAUACCGGCCAGUUCUCCACUUUCGAGUGGAAGCGCCGUCUCGAGGCAUUCGGUCCCAAUGACGAACCCGUACUAGCCCAGGGCCCCGCUGGUGAACUUGACGGCGUGUGCGAAAUGGGUAUGUUGACUGAUCGCGGCCGCGAGACCACCUUCGACCUUGGUACUCGUCUCCGUACUCUCUACGUCGACCAGUUGCGCUUCCUGCCUCCAGUCUUGCUCAAUGCCGAUAGCCUGUACCUGCGAGCAACGCCGAUCCCGAGAGCGUUGGAUUCCGUUCAGGAGACGUUCACGGGUUUAUAUCCUUCGCAUACGCGGGCUCCUAAGUUCCCGCCCCCAGCUAUCCUAACGCGCGCCCAGGGCGAUGAGACCCUAUUCCCUAACGACAGCAACUGUAGGCGUUUCGCGGCGUUAUCACGGGCUUUUGCCCAACGUAGCGCCGAGCGCUGGAACGACACGGAGGAAAUGGCGUACCUGAACAAGCUGUACGGAAAAUGGAUGCCGGAGGAUUCGCCGCGUGUGGCUGUCGACGGACGGCCACGUCUAAGUGGUAUCAUGGACACGAUCAACUCGACGCUAGCGCAUGGACCAGAGACAAGGUUGCCUAAGGAAUUCUACGAUCCGAAGGGGCGCGAGAUUAUCGAGAAAGUCGGUGUCGAGGAGUGGUUCGCCGGGUAUAAAGAGAGUCAAGAGUACCGGGCACUGGGAAUUGGAGGUUUAUUAGGUGAUGUGGUCGGCCGCAUGGUAGGUAGCGCCGAGCGCUCGACUGCCGACGGAGAGUACGAGGUAGCACGGAAGCUAGAGAGUGGCCCCGUAAUAGAAGGUAAAGGCGCCACGCCCAUCAGAUUCGGACUGAGCGGAUGCCAUGAUACGACUCUCGCCGCCGUAUUAGCUAGCCUAGGAGCAUACGAGAGCGGCAAGUGGCCCCCUUACACGAGCCACAUCGCUAUCGAGAUGUUCCGGAAAGCAGAUUCCGCCCGUUCCAAAUCAGCAAACCCGUAUCAGCAGGGCGCGGCGACGAUACCCUCGGCAGAAACCGGUCCCGCCCAAGCUAGCAAGCCCGGCUGGUUCGGCUCGCUAUUCUCGUCGACCCGCGCGAAGCCCGGCAGUCCACCCCCGGGUAUCGGUCGCAAGCGGAGCGAAGAGUUGUCAACCGAGGAGAGGGCGAAGCUGGAAGAGUACUAUGUGCGGAUACGAUAUAAUGACGAGAUUGUCACAGUGCCGGGCUGUAAAGCCUCGGGCAAGCAUCUCGAGGGUGACGAGAGCUUCUGCACGCUGACCGCAUUUAAAGCCAUCGUCGACAAAUUCGUCCCGCGCAAUUGGAAGCAACAGUGUAGGACUAACAUCCGGGGUCCUGCGUUCCCGGAGAAGCCCGAGCCGGCCGGCUAUUAA